AUGACAGCGACGAUGCAUGGUGAUGCUGUCCCUGGGACGCUGUAUCUUAUCAACAUUGAUGGUAAUGGCGAGACCGUCGUCGGCAAGACCGAGGGCGACAUCCAGCUAUACCCACGCCCCAGCAACAAUUCUGAGGAUCCCCUCAAUUGGAGUUCCCGUCGAAAGACCGUUGUCCUCUCUCUAACUAUCCUUUGGGUAUUGGCUAUCGGAAGUGCAUAUGCUUUCCCAUUUUCACUGCUUGCCGACAUCACGCAUGAAACAGGCAUAUCCACUACCGACCUUGUUCAGGCCAGUGGCAUUCUAAGCUUGACCUGCGGAUGGGGCUGUCUGAUCUGGGUGAUUUUCCCCUUCACUACUCUUGGAUCUUCAAAAGAUGGCCAAGAUCUUGUUCUAAGUAUCGCUAUUAUAGGGUGUGCUUAUCUUUCAACGGCCUGGGAGUGGUAUGUGGUCAGAAUUCUCUACGGGCUUGCCAUGGCACCAAUUGAGACCCUGCCAGAGGUAACUAUUGCCGAUGUAUGCUUCGCCCAUCAAAGAGGAACUUGGAUUAGCUUCUACGUCGUCGCCCUGUUUGGGUCAACCUAUAUCGGCCCCCUGAUCUCUGGGUGGCUUACAGUUGCCAUUGGAUGGAGGGACACUAUGAUGUUCAUCGGAGUUGCCUGCAUCGCCUCACUGAUUCUCGUUUUCUUCUUCAUGGAGGAGACAAUGUUCAUCAGAAAGGCCCUAGAAGGCCUCGAGGACGAGGUAUCCGAGGCUUCUAGCCCUACCCUCUCGGUCUGCGAGGCCCAGAACGCCGAAGUGAAGGCUGCGGUUAAGAUCAACAAUCAAAUUGCAGAGCCGCCAACACAGAAGAAGACUUACUUCCAAAAGCUCGCUCUCUACUGUUUGCUCCCUGGUCGGCCAACCGUCAAACAAAUGUUUCGAAACACUUAUAUGCCACUCGUUUCUCCUUGGGAGAAUGAGAAAUAUGCUGCUAACGCCCAUCAUAGGUUUAGCGUUAUGAACUCGACUACAAGCCCCAUUCUUUCUGCUGCCCCAUACUACUUCUCUUCUGGGCUUGUCGGAUCUAUGUACGCUGGGCCCAUUGUUGGAACCCUGUUGGGAUGUUGGUGGGCUGGCUGGGUAGUGGACUACCUGACCUUGAAACUUGCUCGACGCAACGGAGGAGUGCGUGAACCUGAGCAUCGCCUGUGGCCUCUAGCCGUUUCUGCCGUGCUCUCUUGCGCUGGACUCAUCAUGUAUGGAGUUGGUGCUCAACACCAGGCGCCUUGGAUAGUCCUCGCCAUCGGCCUUGCGCUGCUCACCUUUGCCGUCGUCACAGGAAGCUCCAUAGCUCUUUCUUACAACAUUGACUGCUUCAAGGACAUAUGCAGCGAGUCUAUAACAUCAGUCAUUGUUAUUCGCAAUACCAUGGGUUUCGCCUUUUCCUACGCCAUCACACCUUGGUAUACCAACAUGGGACUGCAGAAUUGUUUCAUCAUGGCAGGUUUCCUGUCCUUGGGUUCGUUGCUGACCUUCCUCGUCUUCACAUGGAAGGGCAAGACUCUCAGAAAGAUUGCGGCUCCUCGGUACUACAGAUAUAUCGAACAGAGUUUUACGCACGAAUGA